UUGCAACACCGGUAACUAAAAGUGUUUUGUGCAAUAUCCAAAUUACUAGACCGUUUACUAUUUCUUUGUCCACAUUUUACAAUCUCAUUCUCGGGGUAUUAAAGAGGACAUAUCCCCAGUGAUUAUACGUUUGCUUGGGGAAGAGCCAAACAGUAUUUCAUUAGAUAUCUGAUCCAUUGUAACAAUAUUUGGGGAUAGGGCUUUUUUUCUUGCUCUUACCGGACCGGUGCAGGGGUCUCGCUCCCUGAAAAUCUCUGUCUCUUCAUCUUCAAAUUUAAUUCAGUGACAUCAUGUCACGCUUGAGGAAGGAUAUGGAAAAUUGUGGUUUUAAUAGAAGUCUUGUGUAUUCUUGAUUAUAGUUAACAGGUAGCAAAGGUUUUGCAGCACGAGUCUAUGGCAGAACUGUGGUCAGCUAUCUCUGCUGCUUUGCCUGUGACGGAGGCAGAAUUUCCACUUGACUUCAGUGAAAAAGUUGAGCCUUCUGUGGUGGAUGUGCUGAAACGUUGCAGGCAGCAGCUGUACACCAGGAGCGGUCGAUGGAGGCAAAACGCUCAGAUAAUCUUGGACCUUUCCUGGGAGAAGCUCAACACAGGAACGUGGCGUGAUGUGGACAAGGAGUGGAGGUGUUUGUAUUCAUAUGGCUGCCUGUUCAAAGUAGCUGCCCUAUGCUGUGAUGAUGCCUCACCAGCUACAGUGCAGGAGGCCAUACGGACAUGUGACUUGGGCCUGCUCAUGGGGGCAGCCAUCAUGGACAAUAUUUUACAAACCAUUGUAAGAAUCCUGCAAAAUGAAAUUGGGAAGAGGCACUCCAAUGAGGAGGAUCCUAGUGAUGGAGUUAGUGCCAAGAAAAUGAAGGUUGACUGUGUGUCAGUGCCUGUGGUCAAGCAGGCUCUGGCAGUACCAAGGAUACACUGUCCAUCAUUGGAGAGCUUCAAGAAAGACUACUUGGAUCCCCAAAAGUCAGUCAUAUUAGAGGGUAUCAUAGAUCACUGGCCAGCCUUCAAAAACCACCCUUGGAGCAUAGAAUACCUGCAAACUGUUGCUGGUUGUCGGACUGUACCUGUUGAAGUAGGCUCAAGAUAUACCGAUGAGGAAUGGUCACAGACACUCCUUACGGUCAAUGAAUUCAUCGAUCGCUAUAUUGUUGUGAAAGACGCAUCAAGUUUGGGAUAUCUUGCUCAGCACCAGCUAUUUGAUCAGGUCCCUGAGCUGAAAGAUGACAUCUGUAUCCCUGACUACUGUUGUCUUGGUGAGGGAGAUGAAGAUGACAUCACAAUCAAUGCUUGGUUUGGGCCAGGAGGUACAGUGUCCCCUCUUCAUCAGGAUCCUCAACAGAACUUCCUGGCUCAGGUGGUUGGGAGAAAGUACAUUCGUCUGUAUUCCCCUGAGGACACUGAGAAACUCUACCCUCACCAAUUGCAGCUCCUACACAACACUAGUCAGGUGGAGGUGGAGAGCCCAGACGUGGUGCGAUUCCCAGAGUUUGUGAAGGCUCCCUACCUAGAGUGUGUGUUGCAACCUGGGGAGGUCUUGUUCAUCCCAGUCAAGCACUGGCAUUACGUGCGUUCUUUGGAACUCAGCUUUUCUGUGAGCUUCUGGUGGUCAUGACCCAUGAGGGAUCCAGAUUCAGAUUGUUUUUAGUCAGAAUUUUAGUUAUUGCUGUGGUCUUGUAAAAUGCAAGUCCUGUGCUCACGCAUGUUGUGACUUAAGUCUGAAUGUUAUUUUCGUAAACAAUCAUUAACAUGUCUGUCCUUUCAUUGCUUCAGCACUGAGCCUCGUCCACCAAAUGGCUUUAAAAACACCUGAUUCUAGAAACAAAUUCAUGGUUGUCAAAUGGUAAUUCAAAAAGGAAUAAGGUUGGAAACAAGUCUCAAUUUCCAUAGUUCGCAACUUAAAGGCAAUUCAUAUUGAAGAAUUAUGGGAAAUCUGCUCAACUCAAUUAACUUAAGUAGAGGAAAAUAGCCUAUCACUUAAUUAAAAGUAUCCCACCUCAUAUCCAUGACAAAGGAAAGCCAGUUGUAUUCAAUCUGUCAACACUUGAAUGUGAUUAUGGCACACAUUGAAUGCCAAGCCACCUGCAUGAUCGGCGCUUGCUUCCACUCAUUACCACAUUAAAUGAAGGAGCAGUUGAUGUAUGCUCAUUUCCUACUGCA